AUGGCUUGGGAUCUAUGGAGUUCACCAUAUGACUCUUGGGAUCUAUGGGAUUCACCAGAUCAUCAAGGUUUCCUAACCUCUCUUGCACCAUGCUGGCUAGUUUUCAUAUCGAAGAAAUACAUUGUUGUAGAUCUUAUCUUAGUUGCACCUGGGAGCACUUACGGCGCAGAAUCUGGAUGGGAGUGCGACUUCUACUUUGGUUGUGGUCGUGAUCUGAUAGAAGAAGAUGCAAUAAAUGAGAAAUGUUGCAUACAAGUGUUGAAGAUAUUAAUAACAAAGGCAGAUACUGAAAUUGAUGAACUUGAAAAGGAUUUGGUGGCUCUUCAAAGUGAACUAGCCUGGGCUGAACAUGAAGAAUGGUCUGAAAUAUGUGGUUGUGCUUUGAGAGAAAAGAUUGCUUGGCUUGACAUUUCUACAAGGAAUUUGAGAAGUAAAGAUGAGAAUAAUAAUGACGUCCAGUUACUAAUGCAUAGAGAACCUGCAGACAAUAUACACGGCAUACUGAAGGCUCUUCUGAGAAAGUACUUCCCGGAGAAAGAUGAGCAGACUCCAGAAGUCAUUGCCUUAAACUCAAGCUCAGAUUCCUCACUACAUGAUACUGGACUUUUGGAUGGGCACAAAGACUUGAAUAAAUCUGACUCACAUAGUGUUGUAAAGGAGGAACGUGGUGAAAUUGGCAUUACUAAGGGAGAAAGAUGUACAAGUACGACUUUGAAGUUUCAAGAAAAGAAAACAAAUGACCCCAAAACAAUUAAGGUGUGCAAGAAGGUGAAUACAUGUGAUUUGUUUCAGAAAAGGAGACCUAAUUGUUGUCUUUCUCCUAGUUGGGAGGCCGGAGUGAGCCAUGUAAUUCCAGAAGGGUUCCAUUCAUUGCUUAGUGAAAGACUUGCUGCUUUUGGUAGAGGAGAGAAGGCUAGGUUGUUGUGGGCUUCCGUUUUAUCAGAUUUCAAGGACCUUUCUCUGUCCAUUAUUUCGCUAGAUUGGAAGGCAGCUCUAGGAUAG